GGAAACUGUCGCUCUCUCUGCAACAGAAACAUGUCUGGAAUUGAACCCACCAUGAAUAUGAAUUUGAUCUCCAGUUCAAGCUCCUGUUUCUUUGACGAGCAAAGAUGGGUGAUUCAGAUUCGGAAAACCCUAGACGAACAAGUACUGGAAGAAGAGAUCGAUAUCCCAGCCUGCAUCUUCAAUGUCCCCAAGAAGCUCUUGGCCUCGGACCCUUAUUUCUAUAUCCCUCAACACGUCGCCUUAGGCCCUUACCAUUACUGGCGGCCCGAGCUCUACGAGAUGCAGCGCCACAAACUCGCCGCCGCCAAACGAACCCAGAAACAGCUUCCUCGGGAUUUCAAAUUCCAGUAUUUUGUAGACGAGUUGGCCAAGCUCGAGCCCAGAAUCCGACGUUGCUACCACAAGUACUUGGAUUUUAACGGCGAGACCUUGGCCUGGAUGAUGGCAGUCGACGCCGCCUUCUUGCUGGAAUUCAUUCAAACUCCUGUCGGAAGAAAGUCGGCCCACGAGGCCAUUCUCCGGGAUUUGGUGAUGCUCGAGAAUCAAAUUCCCAUGUUUUUACUCACAAAGUUGUUGGAGUUUUUGCAGUUUUCGCCGGCGCCGGAAUCGGCAGACAAGAUGCUUUUUUCCAAGUUGAUGGGAUUUUGUAAAGAGAUUUCGCCGUUUAGGACGGUGGAAAAAUUUCCAAAUUCCAAACUUGGGCAAUGCCCGCACUUCCUGGACUUUUUGUACCACGCUAUCGUGCCCAAAUUACACGAGCCGCCAUCUGAGAUCUCUGUUGAAGUUGAUGAUCAACAAAGUGAAGCCAAAGAGAGCAAAGAAGAUGAAGAAGGCAGCCAAUCUUUCGGGAAUUCAGAUCAGGUUAAACAACUGCUUGUUGAACUCUGGAAAAUGAUCCAGAAAUCAAGUCGAGGCCCGCUACAUGGCAUCAAAAUAAUACUUCUUUCCGGGCCGGUCCAGGUUAUAUUGAAACUUCCAUGGACGAUAAUCUCAAAUCUUCCUGGACUCAGGCUCUUGAAACCGCCAUUGGAGUACUUAGUCUUCUCCCAGAACACCAAACAAACCAACCAAGAAAUCCAGACCUCAGUCUCCGAUGACAUCGUCGGCAAACCGCCGUUAGUGGAGGAGAUCGCCAUCCCUUCCGUCACAGAGCUGUCCAGCGCCGGCGUCCGGUUCUCCCCCACGAACGGCUCCGUCAAGUCCAUCGCCUUCAACGCCGCGUCAGCCACCCUCUACCUCCCCGCCGUCCGGCUGGAGGCCAACACGGAGGCCACUCUCCGAAACCUAGUGGCCUACGAAGCAUGCAACGAAUCGGGGCCGUUGAUUUUCAGCCGAUACACCGAACUAAUGAACGGGAUCAUCGACACGGCCGAAGAUGCCAGAUUACUCAGAGAAAGGGGGAUCAUUCUAAACCAUUUGAAGAGCGACGAAGAGGCUGCCGAUCUCUGGAACGGUAUGUGCAAAUCUGUGAGAGCGCGACAGGUUCUGUUUCUUGUUUCUUUUUUUCUCAUGGCAUCAAACUUGGUCCAGCUUCAAGUUCCUAAGUUGACAAAAGAAAACUAUGAAAGGUGGUGUAUCCAAUUCAAAGCAUUGUUCGGUUCACAAGAGUUGUGGGAGGUAGUUUCAAAUGGUUAUGUUGAACCAAGUUCAGAAGCUGAAGCUCUCUACACUGCUGACCAGAAGAAUUCUCUAAGAGACCAACGGAAAAAAGAUAAGAAGGCACUCUUUUUGCUGUACCAAGGAUUGGAGGAUGAUACGUUUGAGAAAAUUUCUGAAGCAACAUGCAGCAAGGAGGUCUGGGACAACCUGAGCACAAUUUAUAAAGGAGUUGAAAGAGUGAAGAAGGUGAGAUUGCAGACUCUUAGAAGUGAGUUUGAAGCAGUUCACAUGACAGAAGGGGGAUUAGUCUCAGAUUAUUACUCACGACUUAUUGCAAUUGUCAAUCAAAUGAAGAGAAAUGGAGAAAAGCUUGAAGAUGUUCGAGUAAUGGAGAAGAUACUGAGGUCUCUUACUCAUAAUUUUGAGCAUGUAGUAACAGCUAUAGAGGAGUCAAAGAAUCUGGAAACAAUGAGUACUGAAGAACUUUUAGGAUCUCUGAGAGUUCAUGAACUACGUAUAAAGAAGCAUUCUCAGUCAAACUCAACAGAUCAAGCUUUGGUGUCAAAAUUCACUUUUGAUAAUUCAAACAGUGAACAUGUUCAAGGACAAACUUCUCAACGUGGAAGAGCAACUUAUCGUGGACGAGGUAGAGGUCGCGGAGGAUAUGGCAGAGCAAAUUUGAAGAUCAUGUGA